GAGAGGCGGAACAAAAUCAUCGAGCGCAUCAAGACGGACAGGUCGACCGGCCAGUACUUGACCUUCGAGGGCUUAGUCACCGCCGCGAUGGGCGGAGGUGGCGGCCCCCCCACGAAGGCGGCGGUGCAGGGGGCCAUCAACAGGGCCAUGUACUUGAUCCGCAAGGAGGGUCGCCAAACGAGGAUCGACAAGGAGAGCAAGAGGCUCGAGUUCAGGCGCGCGUUCACCUCCGACGUCGUCGAGCACGGCACCAUCAAUCGCACGAACAGGGAGGAGCGCAUGGACGCGCAGAGGCGCACUCACCUGCCUGCGGAGCCUUCGUCGGACCGUCCGACGCCCGCCCGCGUUGCUCGCGAAGUGCCUGCCGACACGCCGUCACCCAUAACCAGGCCGCAGCAGCAAGCAGACGGCACCCAAGAGCAGGUAUGCCAGCCGAAGCGCUCUGACCAGCAAACGAUCCCGAACGGCGCAGGCAAGGGCAAGGUGGCAAAGGCAAAGGGGAAGGCCAAGCCCAAGCCCAAGGCAAAGGGGAAGGCCACGGCAGCUACAUCCAGGACGGUCAUCGUGAAGGCAAUCAGUGCUGUGCAGGAGCACGCUGCGACCAUGCAGCGGGCGCGUUUCCUCGAGAAAGAGAUCAUGUCGAACACGGCGCGGGGGUGGGCCAAGGACGACCGCUUCAACGGGAAGUUGUCGCGUCAGAUCCAGAAGUGCGACAACAAGCUGGCCGAACACACUGACCUCUACAACCUGGCGAUCUUCAACACGGCCCUGUCCCAGGAGUUCAUCAACGACGUCCACGGCUCGAUGAGUGCGAUCGAGGAAGUGCUUGACGAGAUCCACAAGGUGGAGGCCACCAGGCAGAGGAUCCAGGCGAUCGACCACGAGGACCAGCCAUCGCAGUAG